CAACACGCUCCAACCAACAGAAAGCCUCGGAAGCAACACAGCUGACAAGAGCUCCAGCUGCCAACCAGUAGGAAACCAGAAUAAAAGCAAACCACAAACUAACUGUGAACAUGACUUCCAAGUUGCUGGUCACUCUCCUGGCCAUCUGCCUCAUUUCUGCAGCACUGAAUGAAGGUGCUGUGUUGUCUUCAUCUGUAUCAGAACUCCGGUGUAAGUGCAUAAAAACAAAUUCCAAACCUUUCCAUCCCAAGCACAUUAAAGAGCUGAGAGUGAUUGAAAGUGGACCACACUGCCUAAACACAGAAAUCAUUGUCACUCUUCAAGAUGACAGAGAGCUCUGCCUGGAUCCUCAUGCAAAUUGGGUGCAGAGAGUUCUUCAAGCGUUUUUGAAGAGAACUGAGAAUGACUCAAAAUAGAUGGACAGACUUUCCCUCCACUUUGAAUUUAUCUCUCUAUCAAUAUGCCAAUGAAGCUUCGGGCAAAUCUACUUUAUGUAUCUAACAGGAGCCAGGAAAUUAAGGAAGUAGAGUCUGCUUUGCCACUGAUUCACUGGACCUCAAUUUCCUGCUCUCUAUAACAGCCAAAGAAUACUUGCCUAUUCCUACCUCAAUGGGAUGCUUAUUUUGAGGGCAAAAAUGCCAAAGCUGUUUCUGCUUUUUGGGGGUCAGAAAAUGUAAUAUUAUCUUCAGCUGUAACUUAAUUCUGAUAUUUACUAUUUAUGUAUUUAUUUUUAAAUGAUAGGCAAAAGGAUGUGGGAAGUUAGAAUUAAGAGGACUGGUGAUGAUAAAAACUGCCAUGAGAGAGAGUGGGACAAACUGGCAAUGAAAUGAGGGAGGAUGAUGGCUAGUUCUCCUACAUUCACUAUUAGGCAAAGGAUCUGUCUUCCCAGAUAUGAAGGGAUUGCAUUAGUGGAAAUCUGGAUUAGGGACUUCUACCCUAAUUGUGGAACAACAUCACAGUCUUACUGGGCUAAGGUCCCAGAAUUCUUCUCAGUGGGAGAAAUUAUUUAUGAUUUGUCAAUGCCUUGUCAGAGUUUAUUUAAAUGGUUGUGCUCUGUCACCACCAUACUUUAUUUAUUUAAUUUAAUUUAAGAAGACUUUUUAAUAUCAUGUCCAAGAGGAGUUUUCCUAAUAUUUUUGGUAAUUUGGAAGUCUGCGUAGAGCCAUGAAAUAUUUACGUACAAAAAUUGUAACUUAUUGCCUGCUUUGUAAACAUGUUUGCUUCACUUUAGAUUUUUGGUAAGAUUUUCCUGGAAGUUUUAUUUCAAUAAAAAAUGCAUUUUUUGAUUUACA